AUUUGUCCCCAAAAAAAAAAUGAAUACACCAUGAAGCUUUUAAAUACACCACACCAUAGCCUCCGACCGGCAGAGCCCAGUGCCCACAGACAUGAAAACCAUGUGUAGUAUUAUAGCGGCCCUCUGUCUUUCCUUUCUUCUCACACCAUCCUUAGCUGCAUUGGCUGCAUCACCUCCGACGCUUCCAUCCAGACAUUCCGGUCAUGCCGACGAAUGUACUGCCCUCCUCCAGUUCAAAAAUUCACUCAAAAUCAAUGAAAAAAUUGUGACUGGAGAGCUAUGUGGAGAAAGUGGCUUCAAUUUCACUUCGUCUCUGAAGACAGCCUCUUGGAAGCAAGGGACUGAUUGAUGUACAUGGGAGGGGAUCACAUGCGAUAAUAUUACUUCUAACGUAAUCGAAGUGGACCUUACUUGCAGUUUUCUUGAAGGCACCCUCCAUUCCAACAGCUCCCUCUUUUCGCUCCAUCAUGUUCAGGAACUCUAUCUCAGAGGUAAUCAUCUCACUGGAACUAUCCCAUCUUCGAUAUGCCGAAAGAGCUCUCUCAGAGCCCUGUCCUUGAGGGAUAAUUACCUGAGUGGCACCAUACUCCCAUGCUUGGGUAAUCUGAGCAAUCUCGUCUCUUUGGAUUUGGGUGAUAAUCAUCUCACUGGAACUAUCCCAUCUUCAAUAUGCCGAAAGAGCUCUCUCAGAGUCCUGUCCUUGAGGGAUAAUUACCUGAGUGGCACCAUACUCCCAUGCUUGGGUAAUCUGAGCAAUCUCGUCAAUUUGGAUUUGGGUUGGAAUCAACUGGAGGGUUCACUGCCGAGGACUCUAGCAAACUGUACAAAUUUAAAGUAUCUUUCUGUCCAUGGUAAUGAUAUAAAUGACACUUUCCCUUUCUGGCUAAAAUCACUACCGCUUUAUAUGUUGGAAUUGGGUGCAAACAACUUCCACGGACUCAUUACAUUGGGUCAUGCUGCAUUUCCCUUCCUUUAUCUCGGUACCCUCAUGAUCGGUCAUAACCACUUUCAUGGCCAGUUGCCACCAGAGUACUUUCAACUUUCGAACUUAACUUAUAUUGGCCUAUCAGGAAACAUGUUUGAUGGUUUUCUCCCAAUUCCACCAGUCACUACUGAAGUAUAUACUGCUGUCGGCAACAAAUUUACGGGAGAAAUCCCUUCCUCUUUCUGUAAUAUUACUACUCUAUUUUUCAUUAACAUGUCAAAUAAUAGCUUGACUGGCAAGAUUCCUCAGUGUCUUAUCAAUGUCAAUACCAACCUAGCGAUAUUAGCCCUAGAAAAGAAUAGAUUACGAGGCCCCAUACCAGAAAUAUUAGCUCGAAAAAAUUGCAGCCUGAAUGCCGUUACCUUGAGUCAGAAUCAUUUACAAGGCAAGCUGCCACGAUCAUGGGCGAGUUGCAAACAGUUGGAAGUUUUAGAUCUCUGUGACAACGAAUUGGAGGACUCAUUUCCGAGCUGGCUUGAAAUACUCCCAAACUUGCACAUUCUUGUCUUAAGGGCCAACAACUUCCACGGUCCGAUAACUAGUUCCAAAUUCAUUCAUCCGUUUCCAGUGCUGCACAUCCUUGACAUCUCCAACAACAAUUUCAUUGGAACUUUUCCGAGCCAAUACAUCGCCAAUUUCAACGGCAUGAUGGGUGGAGACAAAGGACAAGGGUUCUUAGAGUAUCAUACCGAUGUGUGGUCCGUACCCCUGUUUACAACUAUGAUUUACAAAGGGGUGCAGAUGCAGUGGUCAGAUAUACGUGAAGCAUUAGUUGUCAUUGACCUAUCACAUAACCAUUUUCAAGGGGAGAUACCCGAAGUAAUUGGGAAUCUACAAUCACUUAUUGGGCUCAACUUAUCGCACAACAACUUUCGAGGUUCGAUCCCAACUUCUCUAGGAAAUUUGACGCAGCUCGAGUGGCUUGACCUGUCCUCGAACAAUUGCACGGGAGAGAUCCCUGCAACAUUGACAAAUCUCACAUUUCUGGCCAUCUUCAAUGUCUCCACAAACCAGCUCACAGGACAGAUUCCUCGAGGGAAACAAUUCGACACUUUCAGUAGUGAUUCUUUUGAAGCGAAUCCCAAUCUGUGCGGACCUCCCCUGCCAAAACCUUGUACUGAAAGCCAUCACCAAGAGGCUUCAUCGGCCUCCCAGGAUGAAGAUGAUGCAGAGCGCUGGAUUGAAUGGAGAGCAGUGCUGAUGGGAUACGGAUGUGGAACUGUAAUCGGUCUUUCUAUUGGAUAUAUUUUUAUUCAAACUGGAAGGGCGCCUAAGUGGCUCAUCAAAAUGGUCGCGAAAAUGCAAACCAGAACAGAAAACAAGCCACGGAAGACCUCUCAUGGAAGGAACCAUCGAGGCAACAUAUGGUUGAUGUGGGUGGACUCUGCAUCAAGUGCGAGGAACAGAACAAAACAGCGGUCCGACUGUUCAUGCUCAAGCCAGAAGGUCAUGCAUGCUAGUUAUUUACAUAGUACUUAUUUGGAUAUAUGAUAUAUGUGUGCACUGUGUUUCAAUAGUUUGAGUAAAUUCUGUCCGGUGUUUACCGGGUGUGUAAUUUGUUUUUAUUGUAAGUACUUGAGCAAUAUCUGUGUUAAUGUAAUUUCAAUAACUCGUCAAGUGGACUGCUAUUAUGACGGAUGAAAUAACUUCCCAGCA